CUAACAUGAAUAUUGAUAAAGUAUUUUUAUAUGUAGUGUAUUUGUAUUUAAAUUUUAGAACAGCGUAUAAUAUUUCAUUAUUAUCCAUAGUACACUUUAAAUGCAGUUCGUAUUUUAUAAAAUCUGAAAAAUGUUGCGUCGGAACAAUAUACCCAAAUUUUAUAUUGACUUCAGUUUUUUGUGCAGAAUCUUGUGAUACGGUACUCAUGAAGGAUAUGAAAAUCCCAAUAAACAACAUAUUUAUACAUCCACGUUAUAAAAAAUAUGUUGAAGGACAACAUAUACUGGAAACUAAUGAUAUAGUGUUAGUUAUGGUUACAUCUCAUCCUAAGGCAGUUACUCUAAAACUGAGCGCUAUGGAAGUUAUAUCUGCUAUUGGUCUAAAAGCCUUAAUUCCUAUACUGGACGACAACAAACCACGCCUUUUGGUAACUGUAAUACAGUCAUGUUCAAAACACCUACUUCUUAGAGGUUAUCACAUUUGUUCUAUUGGAACGUUGUGUAACAGAGUAUUUAACAACUGUCAAUACACAAACGGUUUACCUUUGCUGAUAGAUGGACAAAUUGUAGGACUAACUGGUUUACUUAGUUCAAAAUUGUGUAAUUUUCCACAGAAGAUCUUUACCGCUGUAGGUCCUAUUAUACCAUGGAUAAGAUCAUUUAUUAUAAAUAACAGAGAAGAUUCACUUCAGAACAGUUUCCAAGAUGCAGAAAGAUUUGAUAAAUUGAAAUUACAAACUAUUAAUUUACAAAAUAUUGACCUAAAGAGCGGAUAUAAACAAUUCCAACAAAAAGAAAUUACAAUACCAACAAAAAAUUCCACAUCGUACAAUUUAUAUUCAAAAAUGCAAGAAACUAAUAUGAACAUACUUCCAAGUAUAAGAAAAUUAAUAACGAGCUCCACAUUAUAUGAAACAUUAAUAAAAUCAGUUUUGAAAACAAAAUAUUCUGUUCCUAUAAAAAAAAAUAUCACAGAAUUGACUUAUUUUACACAAAUACCAGAUACAAACUUAUUAAAAACAUCAGAGUCUUUUAACAUUUCGUCCACUUACAGUGCUAGGCGCUUUGCAACUAAUGCCAUGGAUUGGUUUAAUAAAAAUGUAAGGAACAAAUUAAAAGAUAAACCACCGCCUUUGCUCGUACUUACUACCCCUAGAAUAAAUUAUAAUAAAGAAUUUGUAGACCUCACGUGAUAAGUUUAAUAUAUGACUCGUUAUUUAAAUAUUACAUGCCGUGACAUUGUAAUAAUAUACGUAAUUUACAAGUAGAAUAUGUUUUAAUAAUUGUUACACUAUCGUCAUAUCACUAAGAACUAAUACCUACUAAAUUCUCCAAAAAAUGAAACCGUGAUAGAUAAAUAAAAUAAUAUG